CUUCACUUUCUUCUUCCAAUUCCAGAGGCAACCCACGUGGCCAAAUGCUUAAAGGGCAGCUUUUCCAACUGGUUCCUGAACAAAGGCGGAGAACGAUUCAACCUUUCGAACCUAAGAACAUUGUACAAUGACCCCAACCCAGCGAUGCGAGAGAAGAUGAGAAGCGUUGUCACCUUGAGUGCAGUGCGAAAUCGAGACCGCAUGUCGGUCCCCGACCUGCUAACCAUCAACAAAGAGUCGGUGCGUGUGCUAUUGGCCAGUGUGCCACGCAUCACACAAACUCUCAUCCCCGAACCCUACCGUUUGUACAAAGGAAACGCGAGAGGUGUUGUCGACCAUCCAACCGGUCUUUGUAUAGCACCUGAAGGGAAGCUAUUU